CAGGACAGGACCCAGAGGGUUAUCAGAGGAGGGGGGAGGAAAAAGAGUGGAAAUAAUUUACCAUCAAACCCAUAAUGGAAUAUUUUUUUAUAUUGGUUCUUCUUUUUAAUCGGCAAUGUAAAUGGUAAUGCAGUCCUGCUACCUUCUGAAAAGCCAAACCUUGGAAAGUUUUUAUUUUUUUAACAAGCCGUGGAUAAAUAGUUAAUAUACUUUUAGUGAAAAUUAAAUAAAGCACCUCUUCUCCUUGCUUUUGCGAGUAAGUUGUGGACUUGAACUUAAAGCACCUGCUUUAAACCUGAAAACAAACGGAGUGAACAAGGGACGUUAUACCCAUGGGAACAUCGGAGCUGAGAAUGGAGGAGGAAGUAAACAAAUGAUGGCGGACAUGACUGGGUCCAUGAUCACCUCUGUUUCUGAUCCUUCUGUUGCCAACUCUACCAGUGGCCCUUCGGGGCCAGAUCCCACUGUCCCUGCUGGUGCUGGCGUCGUCACAAGCUCCCAGUCCCAAAUCAAGGACCUUUUUGGGUUGUUCUGCAUGGUGACGCUUAACCUCAUCGCCCUGCUGGCCAACGCUGGUGUGAUGGUGGCCAUAGCCCGCGCUCCUCACCUGAAGAAGUUUGCCUUUGUGUGUCACCUGUGUGCAGUAGAUCUGCUGUGCGCCCUCCUCCUGAUGCCUUUGGGCAUCAUAUCUAGCUCGCCGUUCUUCGGCACGGUGGUGUUCACUGUUCUGGAGUGCCAGGUGUACAUCUUUCUCAACGUCUUCCUCAUCUGCCUUUCCAUCCUCACCGUCACUGCCAUCAGCUUGGAGCGUUACUUCUACAUUGUGCACCCAAUGCGUUACGAAGUCAAGAUGACCAUCAACCUUGCUAUUGCCGUGAUGGUCCUAAUCUGGGUUAAAUCGCUCCUCCUAGCUUUGGUCACGCAGUUGGGAUGGCCAGCUUAUGGACCUCAGAGCUCCAUCGCAGCAGCUCACUGCUCCCUUCACGCAACCCACAGCCGCCUGAGAAGAGUAUUUGGUGUGCUCUUCAGUGUGAUUUGUUUCUUAGCUCCCGUGGUGGUCAUCUUCAGUGUUUACUGCGCCGUGUAUAAGGUCGCUCGUUCCGCAGCCCUGCAGCAGGUCCCAGCUGUGCCAACGUGGGUGAAUACGUGCCCUGCAAAGGACCGCUCCGACUCCAUCAACAGCCAAACGACCAUGAUCGCCACCACCCGCACGCUGCCUCAAAGACUGUCUCCAGAGAGGGCCUUCAGUGGGGGGAAAGCUGCAAUAACAUUGGUGUUCAUCGUGGGCCAGUUCUUGGUCUGUUGGUUGCCCUACUUCAUCUUCCAUGUUCAAAUGUCUCUGACCGGCUCCAUGCAGAGCCCGGGGGACUUAGAGGAAGCGGUAACCUGGCUGGCCUACUCUUCCUUCGCAGUUAACCCGUUCUUCUACGGCCUCCUAAACAGACAAAUCAGAGACGAGCUGGUGAAGUUUCGACGUUGCUGCCUGAACCAGCCCACGGAGGUUGGAGCCUCCAGCCAAGAAGCGUCGUUUCAGGAGAACUUCCUUCAGUUCAUUCAGAGAACCGCCAGCACACUGGAGAGACGCUCCAGCUGUUCUAACCCCAGUCCCACAAACACAUUAAACCAGGCGAAUGUUAUCCCAGGACAAAUACCAGACGGGCAUGCAUAGAUUUUAACAAACUAUGGAACACAGUGCAGAAAUGAAACACAAACAACGUUUAAGUAUAGGCCACUUGUGUUGUUUCCUGGAACACAAAUUAAUAGGCUG